UUUCUUUUCUUUCGGAUUUUAUUUCUAAUAUUUUAUUUUUCGCCACUUUGCGUUCCCACAAUAUUCGCAAACAGUGUGCGUGUGCGUGUCUGCGGCUCUUUUAAAUCGAAUAAUUUUCAUUAAAUACAUCUGCCUAUGUAUGUACGCGCGAGCUAAAUAGUAAAGAAAAUUGAAUUGAAUGUGUUUUUGUAUUCAAAAAUGCAUUAUUCGCGUUUAAAAUUUUUAACUUUCCUCGUUUCGACGUUCUUUGUGCUAUCGAGUUAUCCCGACACAGUCGAGUGCGCUAAUAAGAAAGGUUCACAAAAUAAUGCAGCCAGCGCACCGCCUCCACCGCCACUUGAGCCAGAAGCCGUUAUCGAAGAAGUUAAUGCUAAGCAAUUGGAAAAGCUUUUAAACGAUAAGGAUUAUGUUGCGGUGUUUUGGUAUGCUCGCAGCUGCGUUACUUGUGAUAAAGUGUUGGCCGAACUCGAAAAAAUCGACGAUGACACCGAUUCGUUCGGUGUGGAUUUUGUUAAAAUCAACGAUAAACGUCUAGCCAAGCAAUACGGAAUUAAAAAUUUCCCAGCCUUAACGUAUUUCAGAGAGAAAGAGCCCAUUAUUUACGAUGGCGAUCUUAUGGACGAAGAAGGCGUUUUAGAUUUUUUAACCUCACUAGAGGCUAUGGAUCUGCCCGAUCGCAUUGAAGAAGUCAAUGCGAAAAUCUUAUUGAAAAUCAUCGAAGACACCGAUUUCGUGGCCGUCUUGUUCUGUCCUGAUCAUGCCACGUGUCCACCUAGGGUAAUGGAUAAACCGCAAUGUCGUAAAUGUGCUAAAGCUUUACAAGAAUUGGAGAAUAUCGACGAUGAGGCCGAUCAGUUGGGUAUUGGUUUUGUGAAAAUACAUGAUGAAGCUUUAGCGGAGGAAUAUAAUUUGGGUGGCUUGCCGGCCUUGGUUUACUAUCGUCAUCAGACACCCAUUAUAUAUGAAGGUGAACUGCAACGUGAAGAGGAUGUCUUGGAAUGGUUAGUUCAGAAUAAAUCCACCGGCGAUGAAGAUGACGUUAUAGAAGAUGUUACCCCAAAGACUUUAGCCACUUUAAUCAGUAACAUCGAUAAUUUGGUGGUAUUAUUUUAUGAUCACGGCAAUGAUGAUUCAAUGACCGUAUUAGAAGAGCUAGAGCAAAUUGAUGACGACUGCGAUAAGCAUGGCAUACAGUUUGUAAAAAUUGACGAUGCCAAGACCGCAGAAGAAUUUGGUAUAGAUACGAUUCCGGCCAUAGUUUAUUUCGAAAAACAAAUACCCAAUAUAUACGAUGGCGAUCUUAUGGAUGAAGAACAAAUUUUGCAAUGGCUUAUUUCGCAAUUGGAGCACGAUGAAAUUGAAGAUGUUACCGAUGAAAUGCUCGAUAAAAUGGUUAAAGAAGGCCGCGUCCUGGCCGUUCUAUUCUAUGAUAAUAAUGAUGAGAAAUCGGAAAGAGUCUUAGAGGAAUUGGAAAAUAUAGACGAUGAAUGUGACCAAUUGGGUGUAACGUUUGUCAAAAUUGACAAUCCCGAGGAGGCCUUGGAAUAUGGCAUCACUAAAGUUCCUAAACUCAUUUACUUUGAAAAAGGCAUUCCAACCAUUUAUGAAGGCAACCUAGAGGAUGAAGAGAAAUUGCUUAAAUGGCUUGAAGAACAAACCAAUUCCGAUCAAAUUGAAGAUAUAACCGACGAAAUGUUAGAUUUGAUUAUCGAAAAAAUGCCACACGUAGCGGUUCUAUUUUAUGAUAAAGAUCAAAAAAAAUCUCAAAAGAUUUUAUCCGAAUUGGAAAAUAUUGAUGACGAAUGUGAUGCAAAUGAUAUCGCAUUUGUGAAGAUCGAUGACGAUACCGAAGCGAAAGAAUGGGGUAUUGAUGAUAUACCCGCGAUGGUCUUAUUUGAGCGUGGCAUACCACAUGUUUACGAUGGCGAUUUAAUGAAAGAGGAUGAAUUGCUUGGUUGGCUAGUUCAUCAGAAACGUUACUCGGAGAUACCCGAAGUAACUGAUGAAAUGAAAGACAAACUAGUAGAGAAUACCGAACACUUGGCCAUAAUUUUCUAUGAUAAAGAUGAUAAGCAGGACAUACGUAUAUUGAAUGAGUUGGAGAAUAUCGACGAUGAGUUAGAGAAGGAAGGCAUUGUUAUAGUACGAAUCGAUAAUGCAGCCGAGGCCAGAGAAUAUGGUUUAGAUCAUUUGCCAUCUUUAAUUUACUAUGAAAACAAAAUUCCAGCUCUGUACGAAGGCGAUCUAAUGAAUGAAGACGAAGUCUUAGAAUGGCUUAUAUUGCAAAAGAAAACAGCCACCAUUGAAGAAGUAACCGAUGAAAUUUUAACAAAUUUGAUUAAUGACCAUGAAUAUGUGGUAGUUUUCUUCACUGGAGCAUGUGAACCUGGAGAAAAAUGUGAUCGCACUUUAGUAGCUUUGGAGACCAUAGACGAUGAAUUAGAUGAAACUGGCAUUAUAUUUGUGACCACCGAAGAUACUGCCGUAGCCAAGAAAUACAAUAUAAAAACAUAUCCUCAGUUAGUGUUCUUUAGAAAUCGGGAUCCCUUAAUAUUUACUGGUGACUUGGAAGAUGAAGAUGAAGUUUUGGCUUGGAUUACCGAUGAAGAGACUUUAGAAAUCCCGGGACGCAUAGAAGAGGUCAAUGCAAAAAUGUUGGAUAAAAUUUUGGCCGAAAACGAGCAUGUCGUAGUAUUCUUUUACAGCGAAGGCGAUAAGAAAUCGCAAAAAAUUUUAAAUGAAUUGGAAAAUAUUGACGAUGAAUGCGAAGAAAAGAAUAUAGAUUUUAUUAAGACAUCUGAUGAUGAUAUUGAAAAGGAAUAUGAUUUACCCGGACUGCCGGCUCUGGCUUUUUAUCGCCAUAAGUUUCGAACGAUAUAUCAUGGUGACCUUAUGAAGGAAGACGAAAUUCUAGAAUGGGUUAUAGAGCUUUAUGAAUCGACGGCCGAUGUUAUCGAGUCGGUAGAUCGUAAAACUUUACAAGUUCUCAUUAACGAUGUCGAACAUUUGGCCGUAUUCUUCUACGAUAACAAAUGUGAUUCAUGUUCUGCCAUAUUGGAGGAAUUGGAAAAUAUUGACGAUGACACCGAUAAACAUGGAAUACAAUUUGUUAAAUCGAAUGACGUGAAAUUGGCCCAUGAAAUUGGAAUUUUUGCUUUUCCCGCUUUGGUUUACUAUGAGACAGGCGUACCGAUCAUGUAUGAUGGCAACAUUGGGGACAGUGGAGCGGUUUUUAAAUGGAUACUUGAGCAGAAGGCGGACGAGAGCAUACAAUUGAUAGAUCGUGAGACCUUAAAUGAUUAUAUAAAUACUAAAGACUUUUUGGCUGUAAUAUUUUAUAAAGAAGACGAUCCCGAUGCUCCUCGGGUUUUACGGCAUAUCGAAUUGAUUGACGACGAGGCAUCGGAGUACGGUAUAUACAUUGUUAAAAUGCAUGAUAAAUUAAUGGCGAAAAAGUACGGCUACCGUAAUCCCCCGGGCAUAACCUAUUUUCGUAAGGGCAAAUACAUUAACUAUGACGGCGAUAUAGACGACGAGGAAGAAGUUUUAGAUUGGCUUACCAGUCCGGCCAAUAUGGAAAUGACCGAUCAUAUUGAACAAGUGAACCGUAAAAUGUUUGAAAAGAUACGAAAAACAUCCGACUAUUUAGCGGUUAUAUUCUAUAGCGACGAUUGCAAGCAAUGUCCUCGCGUCUUGGCCGAAGUUGAACAUAUCGAUGAUGAAGCCGAUAAAGCGGGAAUAGAUUUCGUUAAAAUUGAUGACAAACAAAUGGCCAAAGAGUUUGGCGUUUUCGCUUUACCGGCCAUAGUAUUCUUUAAACCAAGCUCCAAGGAGCCAGUUAUUUACGCCGGAGAUCUUUAUGAAGAAGAACAAAUCCUCACUUGGUUAUUAACGCAAAAGGAUCCAAGUGGAGAUGUUAUUGAAGAUCUUGAGGGCGAUAAAUUAGUUAAUUUAAUUGAAGAAUCUGGUUCCAUUGCUGUCUAUUUUUGGAAUAAAACACAAUGCGAUAUAUGCAAUUCAAAGGCAGCACGUAAAGCACGCUUGAAAAAAGAGAAAGAACAACAACAGCAGCAGCAGCAAGAUAGCGGUGGUGGUUCUAGUGCCGGUGCGGCAGCAGCUUUGGGUGGCGAAGGCGAAGCAAGCGAAGGUGGUACCGAAACGCCGACGGAUAGCAAGCAUGAAGACGAUGUCGAUGGCUGUGAACAGUGUACUAAAGUCUUGGAGGAAUUGGAAAAUAUUGACGACGAUUGUGAUAAGCAUGGCAUAACCUUUGUUAAGACUAAAGAUUUUUCGGUAGCCGAUAGUUAUGGCGUUCAUGAUUAUCCCGCUCUCGUCUAUUUCGAAGGUGGUAUACCGAAUGUAUUUGAAGGCGAACUUAAUGAAGAGGAGGAAGUUUUACAAUGGCUGAUUACUCAAAAAACUGAAGAUCGUAUUGAGUUAAUUACGCGACAAAUGCUGGAAACUAUGGUAGAGGAAACUCAAUACUUAGCUGUAUAUUUUUUACCACCCGAUCGUUUGGGAAAACCGCCUGCUUAUUGUCGCAGUUUUUGUUCUCCCUUAUCCCUUCAAGAAGCCAACACUGUCACCAACACCUCAACAAGCACUACUUCCAAAACCAUCAUCAAUACUUCUCAUAAACCUAAAAAUUUCCUUAAAAGUUACAUAACACGUAAAAGAAAACGCAUCGAAAGUCAAGAUAAAAUCAAUUGCAAUAUAUGUGAUCAGAUCUUGGAGGGUCUCGAAUUAAUAGAUGAUGAAUGCGAUGUCUUCGGUAUACAUAUGGUGAAAAUACAAGAUCCUCAGUUAGCAAAACGUUACUCAAUUAAAACAUUCCCUGCUUUGGUAUAUUUUCGCAACGGUAAUCCUUUAUUGUUUGAAGGUGACUUGCAAAACGAACAAUCUGUCCUAGAAUGGUUGAUCGAUGACGACAAUCGUGAAUUGGCCGACGAAAUUGAAGAAGUCAACGAGCGCAUGCUAGAACGAUUAAUGUCCGAGUCCACCUUAUUAGUAGUGUUCUUUUAUGACGAGGAUUGUGCAGAGUGCGAAGAAAUUCUAGAAGAAUUAGAAGAAAUUGACGGAGAGGCCGAUAUGUUUGGCAUAGAUUUUGUGAAAAUUGCCAGCGUAGACGCUGCCAAAAAAUAUGAUGUUGUUAAUAUUCCUUCUUUAGUUUACUUUAGAAAACAAGUUCCGGUAUUAUACGAUGGUGAUCUACAUCAACACGAUAAGAUUAUUACUUGGUUGACCUCGCAGGAUGUAUUCGAAAUUAAAAAUGAAAUUGAGGAAGUCAAUCGUAAAAUGUUGGAUAAACUGCUAGAGGAAAAUGAAUUUUUGACCGUAUUUUUCUACGAGCAUAAUCAACAGGAAAGCGUGACAGCCUUAGAGAAACUUGAAAAUAUUGACAGUGAAACGGAUAACUUGGAUAUAACUUUUGUAAAGAUGGCCGAUUCGAGAUACGCGAAAAAAUGGGGCGUCACAAAACUGCCAGCCAUGGUCUACUUUAGGCGUCGUUUUCCCAGCAUUUAUAGAGGUGAUUUACUUUCGGAGGAAGAGGUUUUGGAAUGGUUGCGUAAAAAUCGUUUCCGCCAACCGGAAUUGAAUAUAUUCAUGUAUGCCUUGAUUGCCUUGGCUGUGGCUUUUAUACUUUACACCGCCUUUUUGCUGCAAUGUUUCAAGACAACACCACCGCCGCCACCACAACAUCCCAAACAAUCAUGAUAGGAUUUCUGAUGAAUUGUAAAAGUAUU